UAAAACAAUAAACAGGAAUUUUUUGCUCCAAUAAAAUGCUUUUUUAAGUAAGAGAUUUUUAUCAACCGAUUAAGAAACUAUUCCACAUCUAAGGGGUUCUAUUUUUUUUGGGUAGGGCUCAAAUAAUAAUAAAAACAGGCGGACUGAUUUGAUGAUAUCUUAUGUUUGAGACGUGUUUGCCGCAAAAGAAAAACAAAAUUAAUCAGGUGGAAAAGAGGCGAUAAAAAGAAGUUUUCAAGUUCAAGUCAAAAACCACUCUUAUGUGAUUCGAUUCAAUUUCAACAACUGGAAAAUUGCCAGCUUGGUUUUUUAAACAACUAUUCAGUUCAGCUUGAGUUACACAUUAUGGCCCAAACAAAAUUACUUUUACUAUCAAGUUAUUACUCGCUGUACAUUGGAACAACUAUAAUUUUACUGUUGCAGUUCUCAGUAUCGGAAUCGCUACAGCGUGGCAGCAAACAUUUCCUAACAGUCGACAAACGGGACAGGACUAAAGAAUGGUUCAUAGGCAAAAGAAACAUGUUGCCUCUCUCUUCAUCCCCUGAUUGGAAAGAUGAGCUGCGAGUGUGGCUGAAAGUGAAUGAAAACCACCAACACAAAUCCAAACUGAGACAACAGAUUCCUCCGCCGCCCAUUAUGAUGAGGCAGAUAAUGAGAUGAACCUACCAAGAAAAUGCUUGUUGCCGAUUUCUAUCGACGUAGUGAUUAAAAAACCGAACGCUGAAGACAUGGUUGAAACAUAAUGGGUCCAUAAUCGUUUUGUACGCACUGGCAGUCGUUGUCUUCGCAUAUGUAACAACUCAAAGUGCACUCAACGCCGAUUAUUUUAUGCAAUUUUUUGCUUGUCCAGUGUUCUUGCAGUAUUAAUUAAAAUCUAUGUUGCUAUCAAUUGAAAAAACACUAGUAACUGGUGACUGUGUGAUAAAUAAAGAAUCCAGUAGCUGAAUUGUUAGGGAAGGGGAAUCCUGGAAGAACGCCUACAAAAUCUAGAUCAGGCGCGGAUCU